AACGAGCACACUACAACUUCGGGUAUGGAAAGGUUAGUGUACGAAGCAAAGAAGAGAUGUCCCAAAAAGGAUAUCUGCCGACCUCGGACUCGCUUAGCACACAACAUCCACAACUAACUUGCAACGUUAAUUUCGUAUUUUCAGUUAUAAUAUUCAGUUGUUCUUUCAUUUGUGUCACGAAUCAUCCAGGAUGUCCUCUCCCGCUGCUGUUCCGACUACCCCGAGUCUUCACACGGGAGAGUCAUAUCAGGAGAAAGCUUGGAGAAAAUUUAAGGAGCAACCACUAGUCCCUAUCGGUACCCUUUUGACAUGUGGUGCACUGAUCAUGGCUACCGUCAAAAUGAAACGAGGCGACUCCCAAUCGCUGAAUAACUGGUUACGUGUUCGUGUCAUUGCUCAAGGUGCAACUAUCGCAGCUGUCUGUGCAGGAACCUACGCACUGGGUUCAACUGCUGGCGAUGAAACAAGGCAGACGAGACAACUCGACGAGAUACAGGCACAUAGAGAAGCUCGUGCUGGCAGGGAUCGAAAGGAAUUCGAGGACAGGCUGAAAGCUGCGGAGAGGCAGUGGAAUGAGACUGAAGGUGCUUUGUCAGGGAGGGACUCGAAUACGAAUAUUGCCAAGGGCGACUCAACAUCGAAAGCGCUGCCAUCCGUUCAAGGCCAAAUGCCUCAGAAUACUUCGUCACGGCCUGGCGCAAGUUGGUGGUGGUUUAAGUGGCCGUGGGGUGGAUCCUCGGCUUCCUGAAGUACUUCACGAAGCAACCAGAAAUUUUUGUAAUGCAACGACCUGAGCUACCUAUCUCUUCUCUACAGAUGCAUAACAAUACAGUCGACUGUCGCCGGC